AAGAAAAACAAAUUAUUUCCCACUCAAAAAAACAAAAAUAAAAACCCACUAAUAAAAAGCCAAACUUUCUUCCAAUAGUUUAGGGUUCAGAAGAAAACCAACACCAAGAUUCGACCUGUAAACCGCCAGCAAGCACGAAUCCACCUCCCCAAUCAACCACCGCCACCAUGUCCCCAAAAUCAAAAUCCAAAUCACGACGCAAAACCCCAAAACAAGAUCAAACCCCAACACCCCCAUUCCAAAACCCGACACCACCAGAGUUCCAAUUCGCCAUCGCCAGGAUCGCGGUUUCUCAGAUCACCCAAUCGGUCGGAUUCAAAUCCACGAAGCCCUCCGCCCUCGAUACCCUAACCCACAUCGCCGUCAAGUACAUCGGCGCCGUAGCCUCCGCCUCGGCCUCCUACGCAGCCAUGACCAACCGCACCAAAACGAACGUCUUCGACCUCGCCAAUGCCCUCCACGACUUGCAGUCGGUGCAGGGAUUCCAGGGCGCCUCCGCCCUCCACGAAAGUGGAUACUGCGUACUGGGUUCGAGUGUUUUGAGCGAUCUCGCCGGCUUCGUGAGGCGGAAUCAGGAAACCCCGUUCGCCAGACCGAUUCCCCGGGGAGAGAAAUUGGGUGCGGAGGAAGGUGGGACUGUGAUUCCCAUUCCGCGGGAAUUGGAUUCCCGGAGGGGUUUGCACGUGCCGAGAUGGCUGCCGGCGUUGCCGGAGGUGAAGAAGGCGGUUGGGAAGAGAAGGAAUGGGGAGGAGCUGUGGGAGAAUGUGGCGGCCGGAAAUGGUGGCGAUGGCGGUGAAAGUGGGAGCGGGAAUGGUAAGGGGAUAUGCUGGGAAUCGGGGGUAAAAAGUAAGAGGGGGAGAGUGAGGUUUAGGAUAGGAGGAGGGAAGGAGGAGGGAAUGGGUGUGGAUUUGAGGAGUGUGGUGCGUAGACGAAGGAAGAGGGUGUGAUGGCUUCUCGACUCAAAUAAUCUUGUCUUCGUAGAAUCAUUUAGCCUAGGAUGUAUUUGACUUAGUAACUAGCUAUUGGUCUUGGUGGGACUCUCUUCCAGAUUUAUAAAACAAAUUUUAAGUUCGAA